AUGGACUGGCAUAUCUCCAAGUCAGGUUGUGCUUUAUGCUUUAUGUUGCAGAUUGAUGAGUCCCUAGAUACAUGCAUACAAUAUCCUAGUUCAUGUCCAAGCCGCCUCCAGCUACUAACCCACUCCCCACCAGAUCCUCACCAAGGUAAUGCGAUGCUGAAUGGUGGUCUUGUUUUUGUCUUGGCUUCGUUGGACUUUACUCGCUCGCGCCAGCAGCAACGAGAUCCACACGCUAAACACGAACAAGGUCCCAUGUCUCCUCUCCCGUCCGUAGCCAUCGACGCCAUCGAGGUUUGUGUGAACCCUGCACUUUGGACCCCAGAGGCAAAACAACGAAACGACAAGGCUCAUGAUGUGCGCCGCGGGCCGAGCAGCACUGGCCAAGUGCUAUUCAAUACCUUGACAUAG